AAUCUCGUUUAUGGAACCAGUGUCGGUCAAAGUUUGGUUUAACUGGUGCUGACAGCUUCAGAGCGGUUUAAACGGUCACAUUUCUCCACAAUGACAGCACGAAACAUAUCUCGAUUUUGGGAAUGGGGCAGGAAGAUAAUUUGUGUAGGGAGAAACUAUGCCGACCACGCCAAAGAGCUGAAAAAUGCGAUUCCUACAGAGCCCGUCCUAUUCCUGAAGCCACCCUCUGCAUACGUAAGAGAGGGCUCCUCCAUCCUGGUUCCCUUGUACAGCAGUAACCUGCACCAUGAAGUCGAGUUAGGAGUGGUCAUCGGGAAAGGGGGCACGGCCAUUCCUCAGUCCACCGCUAUGGAGCACGUUGCAGGCUAUGCUCUGUGCUUGGACAUGACAGCCCGGGACGUCCAAGACGAGUGUAAGUCCAAGGGUCUGCCCUGGACCAAGGCUAAAGCUUUUAACACCUCCUGUCCCAUCAGCGAGUUCAUCCCCAAAGAGCGCAUCACUGACCCGGGGAACGUGAAGCUGUGGCUUAAGGUGAACGACCAGCUGCGGCAGAACGGCUGCACGUCCCAGAUGAUUUUCUCCAUCCCCUAUCUUAUCAGCUACAUCAGCGAGUUCAUCACCCUGGAGGAGGGGGAUCUCAUCCUGACGGGGACCCCGAAAGGAGUCUCCGCCGUGCAGCAGCAUGAUACGCUGCAGGCUGGGAUCGAGGACAUUGUCACCAUGAGCUUCAGAGUGGACAGACAACACCAGUAGGCUAGUAAAAACAAAAAAACACCAAUGACUUUUGGCGAAAAAAAUGAACCGAUUAAUGAAAAGAGAGUGUUUUACUUAAAGGGUAAACGUACUCAUUUUUUAAAUAUAUUUUCAAUAUCUGUGAGGUUCAGCAGAUGGCAGUGCUGUGCCAUCAGCACCAUAUUUCUGAUGCUGCAUUGUAGCCUGUAGGCUACUUGAAUAAAACAGUUUGGUAACAUU